AUGACCCUCGCCGCCCCUAUACGUUCCGGCGGAAUGCCUAACCUGGCCUCACCUUCGCGUAGUCUUUCUCUCCGGCCGCUGCAGGCACAGACACAGGCGCAGGCGCAGCGUCCAUCGAGAUGCAGCGCGGGCCGCUCAUUCACAUUCACGCCGCGCCAACCACUCGCCCACCCACGUCAUGGUAUUCUCCAAGAACCCUGGCUAUCUCCAGCUCCAGCAUCAGGAACACCUCUCCCAAUAACAUAUUUCUCCCCAACACGGGUGCGCACCGGCAUCGACGGACUAGACGAACCGCAAAAGAACAACCAUAAGCCUCCAGACAAGCGGGUAUUGAAGCUCGGCAAGACUCUCCGAACACUGUCACCUCUCCUUCCUACAAUCUUGUACAAUACUCUCCCACCCGAGAUCCUCGCUCCCAGCGUCAACCUCCACCUAUUCCCCUCAACACACCCACACCUCCCCACCGUCAAGGGCCGCACAUUAUACCGCGCAGCACUGUGGACAGUACCAGUCGCAUGGAGCAGCGUACCACUUGUCGGCAAUGUAAAGCUACAAAUCCUCAGCGAGCGAAUAGUCCGCGCCGGGACCCUUCUCGACCCAGAACACGGCGACAAGCACGACUGCGGCGACGAACGACUAGUCGUGCGGUGGAAAACGGAGCCUCGAACCGAUAGCAGGCCAUUCCACGAUACGCCGAACACGAAUAACGCCAAUGCCGCCUCCUCCCCCACCUCCGGCUCUGCCGCAUCACAAUCGCAAAGUCACCUCUCAUCACCAGAGAACGGCACAAACAGAGGCCUAAGCAAACUCCUCGGCGGCGACGAACCAAUAUUCAAAUUAUCCAAAGAACAACAAUUCAGCGGGCUGUUUGUCUUCUCAUUCGAUGAUGAAGGCCGUAUCUUGACGCAUACGAUUGAACACGCCGAUGACGCGACGGAUGGCGAGGACCGGACUGCUACGUUCGUGACUUUGACUGAUUGGCUCAUUGGUAAGGCGCGUGGCUCGCUUGAGCCGGCACCUAGGCCUGGGCUCUGUAUUGAGUCUUGUCAUGGUUAUGGACUAGGUCCGGGUCGUUCACGACAUGAUCGUGGUCGGUCAUGA